GGCACCACCAUGCCCUGGUGUGCGUGUGAGUGUGUACGUCCUACUGAGCUCAGGGUUGCUCGCAUGAGUGGGAGGUAACCCACCAGUGGCUGGCUACAACACUAAAGAAAAAGGUCUUGCCCUUCUCCAUUAACCAUUAACUGCCAAUGACUCCAUGUAAAGGGUGGAGCCUUGAGAGCCCCUCCCCCAGCAACUGUUAACUGCCUAUAUAGCCCCGAGAGGUGUGGGCCUUGUGAGUACUUCAUAUAUUUAUAUUGGUUUUUCUAGACAGGGUUUCUCUGUAGCUUUGGAGCGUGUCCUGGAACUAGCUCUUGUAGACCAGACUAGCCUCGAAUCCAGAGUCCUGGGAUUAAAGGUGUGUGCCACCACCACCCGGCCUCUCCCAUAUAGUAGGCUACAUAGCUCAGGCUGAUCUUGAACUUGAGAUCCACCUGCCUCUGCUUCCUGAAUACUGGGAUCACAGGCAUGUCCUGCCAUAUCUGGCUCUGAAGUACCUAUUUCUUUGGACUUGUUUCUUUUCUUCUUUUUUAAAAAACUUGAGACUAUAUAACUGACAAGCGCUCUUUAGUUCUAAGACCCCAGUAGAUGAGUCGAUUGGUUUAACAGAAAUUUGGGUGAGUCUCAGAGGGUUUCUCAGUUUUACAUCUAGCAGGUUUGGGCACCAUCACUUGAUCCUCCCAAACCUGGUACUUUAAUCUUACACUGUCAUCACCCCCGCUCAGUUUCCCGCCCUAGGUCCCGAUUUGCCAUAUCCUAAGGGACACCAUGAACCUAUGUUCUUAGGUUCUGUGACUGCGGACUGAUGGAGGAGACAGGAGUCGUUUAAGGACCAAGACGAGGCGUACAUUUCCUUCUGGGAGCAAACAAGUUGGUGGCUUCCUAUUUGUUAUUCUGUAAACAGUGUCUUGGCUGUGUUCAGUUCCCACUGUGCAUUUACAACGUCUGGACAGUUCAUUCAUUUUAUCCUGCACUGUACGAAAUAGGCCAUCUCCACAGUAUGUAAUGAUAGCUGUUUAUCGAAGGGACGCCAGGGGCUUAAGCCAUAUAAUACCAUGUUAAAUAAGGACCCAUCCUGUUCCUAAUUCUACGAUUAGUUCAUUAUACCACACUGUCGCACAGACUCAGCUCUUAGUGUCCCAGUUUGUUUAAAUAGUUGAAGAUGUCAUUCAGAGACAACCUGGAAACUCUGAAGCAGGGCUAACAUAUUGGGGAAAGAGGCAGCUGCUUCUCUGCCCACUUUUUUUUUUUUCAUGUUUAUUUGGUCCUCCACACUCUAAAAGGAAAAGAAACCUAGGUUUCAGAGAAAAAGGAAGGGGGCAGUGUGAGCCCCAGAAGAUAGCCAACCCCUGCUGAUUGGGAGAUACUCCCAGAAGGCUGCCCUUCUGCAGUUGCCAGGCAACAAGUGUAAACAGGACAGGAUCAUGGCCACUAACUACAGUGCCAACCAGUAUGAAAAAGCUUUCUCGCCCAAGUACUUGCAGAACUGGUCUCCUGCCAAGCCAACAAAAGAGAGAGCCUCUACCCACGAAGGUUACACUCAGAUUAUUGCCAACGAUCGAGGUCAUCUCUUGCCUUCGGUGCCCCGUUCCAAGGCAAGUCCUUGGGGUUCCUUCAUGGGCACCUGGCAAAUGCCCCUGAAGGUGCCACCUGCUCGGGUGACCUUGACCUCCCGCACAACUGCUGCUGCUGCCUCCCUCACCAAAUGGAUCCAGAAGAAUCCUGAUCUACUCAAGGCCUCUAAUGGACUGCGCCCUGAAAUCUUAGGCAAGCCCCAUGACCCUGACAGUCAGAAGAAACAGAAGAAAUCUGUCACAAAGACUGUACAGCAAGCAGCAAACCCGACCAUAAUUCCCAGUUCCCCAACUGUCGAUGGUGACAACUCAGAUGGAAUUCAAAGCUCACACCCCUCUGCAGGCCAUACCCCAGGGCCCCAAACUCCAAUUAACUCUCCCAAGUCCCCACCUGCAAGCCCAUGUUAAGACUCUCAAGCAAGUAGGUCCUUGUCUAGCUGAGACCCAGACUCGCAAAGCUCUAACUCUGCAGGGGAGGAGUCUCAGAAGACAUUUUAGGGACUGACUGGAAUACGGAAGACCCUGUAUUCAGAAACGUGGAACAGAGAAAUGGUGGGCCAGGAGGAAAGGCAAAUUUGGGCAAAUAAACAUUGUUAAGUCUUUUACUGA